UUUACAUCCCGAGUGAGCUAUCUGUUUUCAUAAUUUCAUAUAGUCUGUGGUAGUACGGUCUACGAAUAACGAUCAGUGACCAUUUAUUUUAAUAUUGUAUUCAUAUUUCACAUUUUCACCACCAGAAAAUGAGUUUUACAUUUUGUCAUGUUAUUAAGUUCUAACCAUGUUAUUAACAAAAUUCAAAAUUACAGCAAUUCGUAAAUAUUACACAUAACACAGUAAUACAGAACCGACUGAUGUUCUUUUACUCACCUACCAAUUUUUUUUCGAAAAUUCUUCAUCAACAUGAAAAUAUUCUAAUAAUUAUAAUUUAAGUUAUUAAAUAUUAGCCAUCGUCUAUUAAGUACAAUCUUUUCAAUAAUGGAUAUUUUAUAUCCAUGCAGUCUGUGUUCGCAGACUUUUACAUUAAGAAAACAAAUUUUAGAACAUAUUAAAACUGUUCAUGAGUCUAAUGUUUCUUCAAUAUGCAAUGACGAUUCGAAAAGUUUGUUAAACUGUCCACAAUGUCACGUACAGUUUAAUAGUAAAAGUUUGUUGAAUAAACAUGUACAUUUAAAUCACAAUAUUUCAAUACCAAAUUUGAGCAAGUAUACCUCACGGCCAUCUGAUAAAAGAGUUUCUCAAAAACUCAAUGCUUAUUUAUCAUUAAAAGAUUGCUUGCCAGUUAAUUAUUCUUAUAAAAUAUUGGCAUUCAAAGAUUUGUCAUUUGGACAGUUCAAAGCAAAAUUUCAUAUUAUUAACAUUGACAAAGAAUUAUUUAUGGAUUGGUUGAAUAGUUUAUGCCAUAAAACAAAAGUUAAGUAUAUAACUGAAAAUAUACCAUCUAUUUCUUUAAAAAAUAUCCAUCGAAUGGUAUAUAAAUGCAAAAACAUUGAUUAUUGGAAUAUUAAGUCUAAUAGUAUGCUGCAGAACCCAACUAGUUGUAAAGCGAGUCUAACAGUUAUGAUUAAACCUUUAAAUAAUAAAUUACCUUGUCAAUCAAAAGCUGUCAUAUUAAUGAAACAUUGUCAUUGUCAUCCCAAGAAUUGUUUCACACCAAUGAAAUUAUCCUAUGCUAUGUAUGAUGUUUAUAAUCAAAUUACACUUUUAUUAAAAAAUGGUAAAUCAGCUGCUGGUGCACUGCAUGAAUAUACAAUUAAAACUAUAAGAAAUAAAGGUAAAAAUCAUUAUUUGAAAUUAAUGGAUUUGGGAGUCAAACCAGAUGUAGAAUUUGUUUAUGAGUUGUAUUACAGGCACAUAAGAAAGUCUAGAUUUUCAUCACCCUUAGUUAAACGUGUAGAUUCAUUAAUUAAAUCUAUAAAAUAUUAUAAUGCCAGUAUAGGAACGAAGAGUGCUGUUAUUGAAUUAAUAAAAAACAAUAUUGUGAUUGCUAUUCGAACCCCUCUAAUGGGGACAGUUAAUUCUGAUAUAGUAUUUGUGUGCUCAACUAGUUUCGAUACUUGUAAAACAUGGUUCAUGUUUAGUAAAAAUGAUAGAAAAAUAAUGAUUCCCGUAGGAGUAAUUAUUUCCUCUGACGAUAAAGAUUGUUUGUUAAAAGCGGGCUUAUGUUCAUGGAAAAAAUUAGGGGGUGCCAUGAAAACUGUAGUAGUAGAUUUAGUGUAUGUACAUACAUUCCAAACAGUUUUUCCUAAAGCCACUGUAUGUGUUUCUAAAUUUCAUUUUUUACUGAGUGCAUGGAAAUGGCUUAUUAGUGUCACAAAUGAAAAUGAUUUGAUUGAAGAGUUAAAUUACUUUGUUGAAUUAAAAAAAAUUGUAUGUUCUGAAAGUUUUAUUGCUGACAAUUUUUUAGAUUCAAACUUUGCUAUUUUCAUAGAAAAUUAUCCAAAUUUCGAACAAUUUAUGCAAAAUAUUGAUAAAAACAAUUUUUUAUUUUGUUCACCUAUGUCCUCUCAUCCAUGCUCUACUAUUUCUGAACGGAAACUUAUUUAUUAUCAUACUAAAUCACUUUCAAUAUUACAAACAUUUCAUUUUGUUAUUGAUGAAUUUGACUUAUUCUACAACAAUUUGUCUACAGAUAGUCCAAAUAAUAACCAACAAAUAAUUUUAAAUAAUUUCAAAGAAAUGUAUAGAGAUAAGAACUAUACUUACUGUAGUAUGACUGACCAUCAUUCCAUGUACUUAGUAGAAAGUGAUAAUGUUGGUAAAUUUUUUGUUGAUAUGGAUAUUGGACUAUGUUCUUGCACUAUAAAUAAUGUAUGUUCUCCGUGUAUCCAUCAAGUAUUUUUAAGUGAACGUUUGGAUGAAAAGAUCAUAUUUAACUAUUCUGCACAUAAUGAUACUUGUGUAUUAAAUACACCUAAUUGUGAUGAAGAAGGAGAAGAAAAAGAAGAAGAAGAACUAAAUACUGAAAAAAAUGAAUUCGAAAACAUUUUAUCUGAAUUUAAAUCUGUUCAUAAUACAAUAAAAGAACAGUUUAUGAUUGAUCCAGAGUAUUUUAAAGUUGGCAUUCAGAGGUUUGUUUCAACUUGGAAGAACAAUCUAACAUCAGAUAAAUCAUUAUUUUUAGCUUGUCAUUCGUUAAACAAUGUUCACCAAUCAAACUUAAACAAAAAUGAUUUAUUCAAUCAUGAUUCAUAAAUCAUAGAAAAGGACAAAACUAUAUAAAAUAAUAACUUUCCUAGUUUGCAAAUAAUGUUUAAGGUUAAAAUGAAAAAAUUGAAAUAAAAAAUAAAAGAUUAAUAAUAUACAUUUUGAAGUUCCUUUUAUUUUUUCAAUGAAAUAUUUCCAAAUAAAUACCACAAAAAUAUAGUUAAUAAUAUAACAUUAAUUUGCCAUAUUUAAUUGUUAAUCAGCGCAGUUAUAAAACUAACCCACUUCCAUACGUGCCUGAUAAUUAUGGAUAUUAGAAACUAUUAGUUGUAAGUUGUAGAAAAUAUAUUUUGUUGAAAUCUUGUUUGAAUGAUGUAAACAAUAUUAUAAUAUUAAGACUACCUACUGCUUAAAAUGAUUAUAAUACCAUAAGAUUGUUGUGCAUAUUUUUUAAUUGUAUAAUUUUUUUUUAAUAAUAUGUUUUAAUUUAAAAAAGUUAUCUAUCACUUGCAGUUCUUCGAAUUGUUUGAUGUUUACUUUAAGAACUGAAAAACUUUUUGAACUUGAAUGAAUAAAUCAAUAAAUUAAUGGAUUGGUUUUAUUUUUGUUUUACAUCAAAUGCGCAAUAUCUUUCAAAUGACUUAUUAAUUAUCACACAAUUUUGUAAAAUAAUGACAGAAGGGAAAUCUAUUGAUUUUGAUAACAUGUAAAAUUAUAAAAUUUAGGCCUUUAAAUAAUCUAAAUUAGGUACCUACAUAUAAUUGUGUGUUAUACGUUUUAAAUUUAUCUCUUUUUGCAUUUUAACCGAGCUAUAUUUUGUCUUGCGGGAGAACACGCACCUGCCUGUCAACAAUUUGGUUCUUUAGCGUAUCCCCAUGCAACCUCCUGCCUAGUGGAACCGGUCUAUGGCUUGGUUUCACCUAGGGAUGUGCAAAAUUGGCAUGUUCUCUUGCUGGUCAGAGUAUAAUAAUGUAGAGUAUACCUUAGUAUAGACUAAGGUACCUAACAUAUUACAAUAUAAUAUAUACCAAUUUUUCAAAUAAAUAAAUAAAUCUUAAUUCAUAGAUUGACUUACUCCACAUUCCUCAUUAUAUUUGGGAUAUCGUUUACUUUAACAUCAUUUAAAAUUAUUUAAUGCAAAUCUUAUGUAACUACAUUAAACUAAAUUUAAAUAGAUCCAUAGUGCCAAUGAUGACUAGAUGAGUGCUAACCUUUGACUGUUUACAGUACUAUAGAUUUAUUCGGCUAUUAAUAAUAAUUAUUAAUUUAGCGAGUAAAAUGUAUAGUGUGUGAUCAAUGAAAACACAAAUUGCUGAGGCUUAACGAUUUUGGGAUGAAUAAGUGAACAAAUAAAUUGAACUACUGCUUAAUCAUGAGGGAACAGUUCAGAUUUUAUUCGGAUGAUUUAGAUUUCACAUUAGACAGGUAUAA